AUUGGACCCCACUGCGCUCAUCACAGCCGUACUGGAUGGCCUCCUCGCCUCCCCUGCUAUCUCCGCCCCCUCCUCCCCCUUUUCCUCCUCCUCAUCCUCCCCGUCCUCCUCCUCCUCCACCUCUCAAUCACCAUCUGCUGCUGUCGCUCUGGCCUCGGCUGCUUGCUGCCUGCGAAUACUGGCUGCCUUUGCCCUCCUCCAUCCUGAGCGUGUUGCUUCUGCACUUUCUUCCUCCAUCUUCUCCCCAUCAGCCCUAUCCUCCGACCUCCAACUCCAAUCAGGGCCUGCCACGAGUCCUCUGCACCUGCUGUGCUUCCAGAUCGAGCAACCACUGGGAAGCUUCCCUUUCACUCUUGCAGCUCUGGACCUGGCAGCAGCGCUGGUGAAGCAGGGAGUGACAGGAGGACCGGUGCCAGACCUGCUGGGGUUCGCAGUGAUGGAUGUGCUGCCCAACUAUGGGGCGUGGCGCAUGGAGGACGGCAGGGAGCGAUGGCUCAUGGCUGGCAAGGUGAGACGCUGGGAGAUGGGAGCCAUCGGGAAACCGGGCAACCGCCUGGACCACCACGCGCGCGCCUGGACCAACGCGCGCCCCUGGACCAACGCGCGCCCCUGGACCAACGCGCGCCCCUGGACCAACGCGUGCGCCUGGACCAACGCGCGCGCCCGCACCAACGCGCGCGCCAGGACCAACGCGCGCGCCUGGACCAACGCGCGCGCCUGGACCAACGCGCGCCCCUGGACCAACGCGCGCGCCUGGACCAACGCGCGCGCCUGGACCAACGCGCGCCCCUGGACCAACGCGCCCCCAGGACCAACGCGCGCGCCUGGACCAACGCGCGCGCCUGGACCAACGCGCGCGCCUGGACCAACGCGCGCCCCUGGACCAACGCGCGCCCCUGGACCAACGCGCGCGCCUGGACCAACGCGCGCGCCUGGACCAACGCGCGCGCCUGGACCAACGCGCGCGCCUGGACCAACGCGCGCGCCUGGACCAACGCGCGCGCCUGGACCAACGCGCGCGCCUGGACCAACGCGCGCGCCUGGACCAACGCGCGCGCCUGGACCAACGCGCGCGCCUGGACCACCACGCGCUCGCAUGGACCACCACGCGCGCCCCUGGACCAACGCGCGCCCCUGGACCAACGCGCGCCCCUGGACCAGCGCGCGCGCCUGGACCAGCGCGCGCGCCUGGACCAACGCGCGCGCCUGGACCAACGCGCGCGCCUGGACCAACGCGCGCGCCUGGACCAACGCGCGCGCCUGGACCAACGCGCGCGCCUGGACCAACGCGCGCCCCUGGACCAACGCGCGCGCCUGGACCAACGCGCGCGCCUGGACCAACGCGCGCGCCUGGACCAACGCGCGCGCCUGGACCAACGCGCGCGCCUGGACCAACGCGCGCGCCUGGACCAACGCGCGCGCCUGGACCAACGCGCGCGCCUGGACCAACGCGCGCGCCUGGACCAACGCGCGCGCCUGGACCAACGCGCGCGCCUGGACCAACGCGCGCGCCUGGACCAACGCGCGCGCCUGGACCAACGCGCGCGCCUGGACCAACGCGCGCGCCUGGACCAACGCGCGCGCCUGGACCAACGCGCGCGCCUGGACCAACGCGCGCGCCUGGACCAACGCGCGCGCCUGGACCAACGCGCGCGCCUGGACCAACGCGCGCGCCUGGACCAACGCGCGCGCCUGGACCAACGCGCGCGCCUGGACCAACGCGCGCGCCUGGACCAACGCGCGCGCCUGGACCAACGCGCGCGCCUGGACCAACGCGCGCGCCUGGACCAACGCGCGCCCUGGACCAACGCGCGCGCCUGGACCAACGCGCGCGCCUGGACCAGCGCGCGCGCCUGGACCAACGCGCGCGCCUGGACCAACGCGGGCGCCAAGACCAACGCGCGCGCCGGUCCAAGACCAACGCGCGCGCCUGGACCAACGCGCGCGCCUGGACCAACGCGCGAGCGUGGACCAACGCGCGCGCCUGGACCAACGCGCGCGCCUGGUCCAACGCGCGCGCCUGGACCAACGCGCGCGCCUGGACCAACGCGCGCGCCUGGACCAACGCGCGCGCCUGGACCAACGCGAGCGCCUGGACCAACGCGCGCGCUCGGACCAACGCGCGCGCCUGGACCAAGGAGCGCGCCUGGACCAACGCGCGCGCCUGGACCAAGGAGCGCGCCUGGACCAACGCGUGCGCCUGGACCAACGCGCGCGCCUGGACCAACGCGCGCGCCUGGACCAACGCGCGCGCCUGGACCAACACGCGCGCCUGGACCAACGCGCGCGCCUGGACCACCACGCGCUCGCAUGGACCACCACGCGCGCACCUGGACCAACGCGCGCCCCUGGACCAACGCGCGCCCAUGGACCAGCGCGCGCGCCUGGACCAACGCGCGCGCCUGGACCAACGCGCGCGCCUGGACCAACGCGCGCGCCUGGACCAACGCGCGCGCCUGGACCAACGCGCGCCCCUGGACCAACGCGCGCGCCUGGACCAACGCGCGCGCCUGGACCAACGCGCGCGCCUGGACCAACGCGCGCGCCUGGACCAACGCGCGCUCCUGGACCAACGCGCGCGCCUGGACCAACGCGCGCGCCUGGACCAACGCGCGCGCCUGGACCAACGCGCGCGCCUGGACCAACGCGCGCCCCUGGACCAACGCGCGCGCCUGGACCAACGCGCGCGCCUGGACCAACGCGCGCGCCUGGACCAACGCGCGCGCCUGGACCAACGCGCGCGCCUGGACCAACGCGCGCCCCUGGACCAACGCGCGCCCCUGGACCAACGCGCGCGCCUGGACCAACGCGCGCCCCUGUACCAACGCGCGCGCCUGGACCAACGCGCGCGCCUGGACCACCACGCGCGCGCCAGGACCAACGCGAGCGCCUGGACCAACGCGCGCGCCUGGACCAACGCGCGCGCCUGGACCAACGCGCGCGCCUGGACCAACGCGCGCGCCUGGACCAGCGCGCGCGCCUGGACCAGCGCGCGCGCCUGGACCAACGCGCGCGCCUGGACCAACGCGGGCGCCUGGACCAACGCGCGCGCCGGUCCAAGACCAACGCGCGCGCCUGGACCAACGCGCGCGCCUGGACCAACGCGCGCGCCUGGACCAACGCGCGCGCCUGGACCAACGCGCGCGCCUGGUCCAACGCGCGCGCCUGGACCAACGCGCGCGCCUGGACCAACGCGCGCGCCUGGACCAACGCGCGCGCCUGGACCAACGCGAGCGCCUGGACCAACGCGCGCGCCUGGACCAACGCGCGCGCCUGGACCAACGCGGGCGCCUGGACCAACGCGCGCGCCGGUCCAAGACCAACGCGCGCGCCUGGACCAACGCGCGCGCCUGGACCAACGCGCGCGCCUGGACCAACGCGCGCGCCCGGACCAACGCGCGCGCCCGGACCAACGCGCGCGCCUGGACCAACGCGCGCGCCUGGACCAGCGCGCGCGCCUGGACCAACGCGCGCGCCUGGACCAACGCGCGCCCCUGGACCAACGCGCGCGCCUGGACCAACGCGCGCGCCUGGACCAGCGCGCGCGCCUGGACCAACGCGCGCCCUUGGACCAACGCGCGCCCUUGGACCAACGCGCGCCCCUGGACCAACGCGCGCUCCUGGACGAACGCGCGCCCCUGGACCAACGCGCGCCCCUGGACCAACGCGCGCGCCUGGACCAACGCGCGCGCCUGGACCAACGCGCGCGCCUGGACCAACGCGCGCGCCUGGACCAACGCGCGCCCCUGGACCAACGCGCGCCCCUGGACCAACGCGCGCCCCUGGACCAACGCGCGCCCCUGGACCAACGCGCGCCCCUGGACCAACGCGCGCCCCUGGACCAACGCGCGCGCCUGGACCAACGCGCGCGCCUGGACCAACUCGUGCGCCUGGACCAACGCGCGCGCCUGGACCAACGCGCGCGCCUGGACCAACGCGCGCGCCUGGACCAACGCGCGCGCGUGGACCAACGCGCGCGCCUGGACCAACGCGCGCGCCUGGACCACCACGCGCGCCUGGACCACCACGCGCGCCCGCCUGGACCAACGCGCGCCCCUGGACCAACGCGCGCCCCUGGACCAACGCGCGCCCCUGGACCAACGCGCGCGCCUGGACCAACGCGCGCGCCGGGACCAAUCGCGCGCGCCUGGACCAACGCGCGCGCCUGGACCAACGCGCGCCCCUGGACCAACGCGCGCGCCUGGACCAACGCGCGCGCCUGGACCAACGCGCGCGCCUGGACCAACGCGCGCGCCUGGACCAACGCGCGCGCCUGGACCAACGCGCGCGCCUGGACCAACGCGCGCGCCUGGACCAACGCGCGCGCCUGGACCAACGCGCGCGCCUGGACCAACGCGCGCGCCUGGACCAACGCGCGCCCCUGGACCAACGCGCGCGCCUGGACCAACGCGCGCGCCUGGACCAACGCGCGCGCCUGGACCAACGCGCGCGCCUGGACCAACGCGCGCGCCUGGACCAACGCGCGCGCCUGGACCAACGCGCGCGCCUGGACCAACGCGCGCCCCUGGACCAACGCGCGCGCCUGGACCAACGCGCGCGCCUGGACCAAGUCGCGCGCCUGGACCAAGUCGCGCACCUGGACCAACGCGCGCCCCCGGACCAACGCGCGCGCCCGGACCAACGCGCGCGCCCGGACCAACGCGCGCGCCCGGACCAACGCGCGCGCCCGGACCAACGCGCGCGUGAACAACGCGCGCGCUCGGACCAACACGCGCGCCCGGACCAAAGCGCGCGCCCGGACCAGCGCGCGCCUGGACCAACGCGCGCGCCUGGACCAACGCGCGCGCCUGGACCAACGCGAGCGCCUGGACCAACGCGCGCGCCUGGACCAACGCGCGCGCCUGGACCAACGCGGGCGCCUGGACCAACGCGCGCGCCGGUCCAAGACCAACGCGCGCGCCUGGACCAACGCGCGCGCCUGGACCAACGCGCGCGCCUGGACCAACGCGCGCGCCCGGACCAACGCGCGCGCCCGGACCAACGCGCGCGCCUGGACCAACGCGCGCGCCUGGACCAGCGCGCGCGCCUGGACCAACGCGCGCGCCUGGACCAACGCGCGCCCCUGGACCAACGCGCGCGCCUGGACCAACGCGCGCGCCUGGACCAGCGCGCGCGCCUGGACCAACGCGCGCCCUUGGACCAACGCGCGCCCUUGGACCAACGCGCGCCCCUGGACCAACGCGCGCUCCUGGACGAACGCGCGCCCCUGGACCAACGCGCGCCCCUGGACCAACGCGCGCGCCUGGACCAACGCGCGCGCCUGGACCAACGCGCGCGCCUGGACCAACGCGCGCGCCUGGACCAACGCGCGCCCCUGGACCAACGCGCGCCCCUGGACCAACGCGCGCCCCUGGACCAACGCGCGCCCCUGGACCAACGCGCGCCCCUGGACCAACGCGCGCCCCUGGACCAACGCGCGCGCCUGGACCAACGCGCGCGCCUGGACCAACUCGUGCGCCUGGACCAACGCGCGCGCCUGGACCAACGCGCGCGCCUGGACCAACGCGCGCGCGUGGACCAACGCGCGCGCGUGGACCAACGCGCGCGCCUGGACCAACGCGCGCGCCUGGACCACCACGCGCGCCUGGACCACCACGCGCGCCCGCCUGGACCAACGCGCGCCCCUGGACCAACGCGCGCCCCUGGACCAACGCGCGCCCCUGGACCAACGCGCGCGCCUGGACCAACGCGCGCGCCGGGACCAAUCGCGCGCGCCUGGACCAACGCGCGCGCCUGGACCAACGCGCGCCCCUGGACCAACGCGCGCGCCUGGACCAACGCGCGCGCCUGGACCAACGCGCGCGCCUGGACCAACGCGCGCGCCUGGACCAACGCGCGCGCCUGGACCAACGCGCGCGCCUGGACCAACGCGCGCGCCUGGACCAACGCGCGCGCCUGGACCAACGCGCGCGCCUGGACCAACGCGCGCGCCUGGACCAACGCGCGCCCCUGGACCAACGCGCGCGCCUGGACCAACGCGCGCGCCUGGACCAACGCGCGCGCCUGGACCAACGCGCGCGCCUGGACCAACGCGCGCGCCUGGACCAACGCGCGCGCCUGGACCAACGCGCGCGCCUGGACCAACGCGCGCCCCUGGACCAACGCGCGCGCCUGGACCAACGCGCGCGCCUGGACCAAGUCGCGCGCCUGGACCAAGUCGCGCACCUGGACCAACGCGCGCCCCCGGACCAACGCGCGCGCCCGGACCAACGCGCGCGCCCGGACCAACGCGCGCGCCCGGACCAACGCGCGCGCCCGGACCAACGCGCGCGUGAACAACGCGCGCGCUCGGACCAACACGCGCGCCCGGACCAAAGCGCGCGCCCGGACCAGCGCGCGCGCCCGGACCAACGCGCGCGCCCGGACCAACGCGCGCGCCUGGACCAACGCGCACGCCUGGACCAACGCGCGCGCCUGGACCAACGCGCGCGCCUGGACCAACGCGCGCGCCUGGACCAACGCGCGCGCCUGGACCAGCGCGCGCGCCUGGACCAACGCGCGCCCUUGGACCAACGCGCGCCCUUGGACCAACGCGCGCCCCUGGACCAACGCGCGCUCCUGGACGAACGCGCGCCCCUGGACCAACGCGCGCCCCUGGACCAACGCGCGCGCCUGGACCAACGCGCGCGCCUGGACCAACGCGCGCGCCUGGACCAACGCGCCUGGACCAACGGCCUGGACCAACGCGCGCCCCUGGACCAACGCGCGCGCCUGGACCAACGCGCGCCCCUGGACCAACGCGCGCCCCUGGACCAACGCGCGCGCCUGGACCAACGCGCGCGCCUGGACCAACGCGCGCGCCUGGACCAACGCGCGCGCCUGGACCAAGUCGCGCGCCUGGACCAACGCGCGCGCCUGGACCAACGCGCGCGCCUGGACCAACGCGAGCGCCUGGACCAACGCGCGCGCUCGGACCAACGCGCGCGCCUGGACCAAGGAGCGCGCCUGGACCAACGCGCGCGCCUGGACCAAGGAGCGCGCCUGGACCAACGCGUGCGCCUGGACCAACGCGCGCGCCUGGACCAACGCGCGCGCCUGGACCAACGCGCGCGCCUGGACCAACACGCGCGCCUGGACCAACGCGCGCGCCUGGACCACCACGCGCUCGCAUGGACCACCACGCGCGCACCUGGACCAACGCGCGCCCCUGGACCAACGCGCGCCCAUGGACCAGCGCGCGCGCCUGGACCAACGCGCGCGCCUGGACCAACGCGCGCGCCUGGACCAACGCGCGCGCCUGGACCAACGCGCGCGCCUGGACCAACGCGCGCCCCUGGACCAACGCGCGCGCCUGGACCAACGCGCGCGCCUGGACCAACGCGCGCGCCUGGACCAACGCGCGCGCCUGGACCAACGCGCGCUCCUGGACCAACGCGCGCGCCUGGACCAACGCGCGCGCCUGGACCAACGCGCGCGCCUGGACCAACGCGCGCGCCUGGACCAACGCGCGCCCCUGGACCAACGCGCGCGCCUGGACCAACGCGCGCGCCUGGACCAACGCGCGCGCCUGGACCAACGCGCGCGCCUGGACCAACGCGCGCGCCUGGACCAACGCGCGCCCCUGGACCAACGCGCGCCCCUGGACCAACGCGCGCGCCUGGACCAACGCGCGCCCCUGUACCAACGCGCGCGCCUGGACCAACGCGCGCGCCUGGACCACCACGCGCGCGCCAGGACCAACGCGAGCGCCUGGACCAACGCGCGCGCCUGGACCAACGCGCGCGCCUGGACCAACGCGCGCGCCUGGACCAACGCGCGCGCCUGGACCAGCGCGCGCGCCUGGACCAGCGCGCGCGCCUGGACCAACGCGCGCGCCUGGACCAACGCGGGCGCCUGGACCAACGCGCGCGCCGGUCCAAGACCAACGCGCGCGCCUGGACCAACGCGCGCGCCUGGACCAACGCGCGCGCCUGGACCAACGCGCGCGCCUGGACCAACGCGCGCGCCUGGUCCAACGCGCGCGCCUGGACCAACGCGCGCGCCUGGACCAACGCGCGCGCCUGGACCAACGCGCGCGCCUGGACCAACGCGAGCGCCUGGACCAACGCGCGCGCCUGGACCAACGCGCGCGCCUGGACCAACGCGGGCGCCUGGACCAACGCGCGCGCCGGUCCAAGACCAACGCGCGCGCCUGGACCAACGCGCGCGCCUGGACCAACGCGCGCGCCUGGACCAACGCGCGCGCCCGGACCAACGCGCGCGCCCGGACCAACGCGCGCGCCUGGACCAACGCGCGCGCCUGGACCAGCGCGCGCGCCUGGACCAACGCGCGCGCCUGGACCAACGCGCGCCCCUGGACCAACGCGCGCGCCUGGACCAACGCGCGCGCCUGGACCAGCGCGCGCGCCUGGACCAACGCGCGCCCUUGGACCAACGCGCGCCCUUGGACCAACGCGCGCCCCUGGACCAACGCGCGCUCCUGGACGAACGCGCGCCCCUGGACCAACGCGCGCCCCUGGACCAACGCGCGCGCCUGGACCAACGCGCGCGCCUGGACCAACGCGCGCGCCUGGACCAACGCGCGCGCCUGGACCAACGCGCGCCCCUGGACCAACGCGCGCCCCUGGACCAACGCGCGCCCCUGGACCAACGCGCGCCCCUGGACCAACGCGCGCCCCUGGACCAACGCGCGCCCCUGGACCAACGCGCGCGCCUGGACCAACGCGCGCGCCUGGACCAACUCGUGCGCCUGGACCAACGCGCGCGCCUGGACCAACGCGCGCGCCUGGACCAACGCGCGCGCCUGGACCAACGCGCGCGCGUGGACCAACGCGCGCGCCUGGACCAACGCGCGCGCCUGGACCACCACGCGCGCCUGGACCACCACGCGCGCCCGCCUGGACCAACGCGCGCCCCUGGACCAACGCGCGCCCCUGGACCAACGCGCGCCCCUGGACCAACGCGCGCGCCUGGACCAACGCGCGCGCCGGGACCAAUCGCGCGCGCCUGGACCAACGCGCGCGCCUGGACCAACGCGCGCCCCUGGACCAACGCGCGCGCCUGGACCAACGCGCGCGCCUGGACCAACGCGCGCGCCUGGACCAACGCGCGCGCCUGGACCAACGCGCGCGCCUGGACCAACGCGCGCGCCUGGACCAACGCGCGCGCCUGGACCAACGCGCGCGCCUGGACCAACGCGCGCGCCUGGACCAACGCGCGCGCCUGGACCAACGCGCGCCCCUGGACCAACGCGCGCGCCUGGACCAACGCGCGCGCCUGGACCAACGCGCGCGCCUGGACCAACGCUGCGCGCCUGGACCAACGCGCGCGCCUGGACCAACGCGCGCGCCUGGACCAACGCGCGCGCCUGGACCAACGCGCGCGCCUGGACCAACGCGCGCCCCUGGACCAACGCGCGCGCCUGGACCAACGCGCGCGCCUGGACCAAGUCGCGCGCCUGGACCAAGUCGCGCACCUGGACCAACGCGCGCCCCCGGACCAACGCGCGCGCCCGGACCAACGCGCGCGCCCGGACCAACGCGCGCGCCCGGACCAACGCGCGCGCCCGGACCAACGCGCGCGUGAACAACGCGCGCGCUCGGACCAACACGCGCGCCCGGACCAAAGCGCGCGCCCGGACCAGCGCGCGCCUGGACCAACGCGCGCGCCUGGACCAACGCGCGCGCCUGGACCAACGCGAGCGCCUGGACCAACGCGCGCGCCUGGACCAACGCGCGCGCCUGGACCAACGCGGGCGCCUGGACCAACGCGCGCGCCGGUCCAAGACCAACGCGCGCGCCUGGACCAACGCGCGCGCCUGGACCAACGCGCGCGCCUGGACCAACGCGCGCGCCCGGACCAACGCGCGCGCCCGGACCAACGCGCGCGCCUGGACCAACGCGCGCGCCUGGACCAGCGCGCGCGCCUGGACCAACGCGCGCGCCUGGACCAACGCGCGCCCCUGGACCAACGCGCGCGCCUGGACCAACGCGCGCGCCUGGACCAGCGCGCGCGCCUGGACCAACGCGCGCCCUUGGACCAACGCGCGCCCUUGGACCAACGCGCGCCCCUGGACCAACGCGCGCUCCUGGACGAACGCGCGCCCCUGGACCAACGCGCGCCCCUGGACCAACGCGCGCGCCUGGACCAACGCGCGCGCCUGGACCAACGCGCGCGCCUGGACCAACGCGCGCGCCUGGACCAACGCGCGCCCCUGGACCAACGCGCGCCCCUGGACCAACGCGCGCCCCUGGACCAACGCGCGCCCCUGGACCAACGCGCGCCCCUGGACCAACGCGCGCCCCUGGACCAACGCGCGCGCCUGGACCAACGCGCGCGCCUGGACCAACUCGUGCGCCUGGACCAACGCGCGCGCCUGGACCAACGCGCGCGCCUGGACCAACGCGCGCGCCUGGACCAACGCGCGCGCGUGGACCAACGCGCGCGCCUGGACCAACGCGCGCGCCUGGACCACCACGCGCGCCUGGACCACCACGCGCGCCCGCCUGGACCAACGCGCGCCCCUGGACCAACGCGCGCCCCUGGACCAACGCGCGCCCCUGGACCAACGCGCGCGCCUGGACCAACGCGCGCGCCGGGACCAAUCGCGCGCGCCUGGACCAACGCGCGCGCCUGGACCAACGCGCGCCCCUGGACCAACGCGCGCGCCUGGACCAACGCGCGCGCCUGGACCAACGCGCGCGCCUGGACCAACGCGCGCGCCUGGACCAACGCGCGCGCCUGGACCAACGCGCGCGCCUGGACCAACGCGCGCGCCUGGACCAACGCGCGCGCCUGGACCAACGCGCGCGCCUGGACCAACGCGCGCCCCUGGACCAACGCGCGCGCCUGGACCAACGCGCGCGCCUGGACCAACGCGCGCGCCUGGACCAACGCGCGCGCCUGGACCAACGCGCGCGCCUGGACCAACGCGCGCGCCUGGACCAACGCGCGCGCCUGGACCAACGCGCGCCCCUGGACCAACGCGCGCGCCUGGACCAACGCGCGCGCCUGGACCAAGUCGCGCGCCUGGACCAAGUCGCGCACCUGGACCAACGCGCGCCCCCGGACCAACGCGCGCGCCCGGACCAACGCGCGCGCCCGGACCAACGCGCGCGCCCGGACCAACGCGCGCGCCCGGACCAACGCGCGCGUGAACAACGCGCGCGCUCGGACCAACACGCGCGCCCGGACCAAAGCGCGCGCCCGGACCAGCGCGCGCGCCCGGACCAACGCGCGCGCCCGGACCAACGCGCGCGCCUGGACCAACGCGCACGCCUGGACCAACGCGCGCGCCUGGACCAACGCGCGCGCCUGGACCAACGCGCGCGCCUGGACCAACGCGCGCGCCUGGACCAGCGCGCGCGCCUGGACCAACGCGCGCCCUUGGACCAACGCGCGCCCUUGGACCAACGCGCGCCCCUGGACCAACGCGCGCUCCUGGACGAACGCGCGCCCCUGGACCAACGCGCGCCCCUGGACCAACGCGCGCGCCUGGACCAACGCGCGCGCCUGGACCAACGCGCGCGCCUGGACCAACGCGCGCGCCUGGACCAACGCGCGCCCCUGGACCAACGCGCGCGCCUGGACCAACGCGCGCCCCUGGACCAACGCGCGCCCCUGGACCAACGCGCGCGCCUGGACCAACGCGCGCGCCUGGACCAACGCGCGCGCCUGGACCAACGCGCGCGCCUGGACCAAGUCGCGCGCCUGGACCAACGCGCGCGCCUGGACCAACGCGCGCGCCUGGACCAACGCGCGCGCCUGGACCAACGCGCGCGCCUGGACCAACGCGCGCGCCUGGACCAACGCGCGCGCCUGGACCAACGCGCGCCCCUGGACCAACGCGCGCGCCUGGACCAACGCGCGCGCCUGGACCAACGCGCACCCCUGGACCAACGCGCGCCCCUGGACCAACGCACGCCCCUGGACCAACGCGCGCGCCUGGACCAACGCGCGCCCCUGGACCAACGCGCGCCCCUGGACCAACGCGCGCGCCUGGACCAACGCGCGCGCCUGGACCAACGCGCGCGCCUGGACCAACGCGCGCGCCUGGACCAACGCGCGCUCCUGGACCAACGCGCGCGCCUGGACCAACGCGCGCGCCUGGACCAACGCGCGCCUGGACCAACCAGGAGAGCGCAGGGAGGAAGCUUCCCUCCCCCGUGCCCACCGGUGGCAGGGGAAAUGCAGCAGCCACAUCCACUCUGCCACCUCCAACCACGAGAGCUGGAGGGAAGCCUCUGCUCUUGCGUCCAAGCUGCUCCACCUGUUGCUCACCGAUGCACGCAUAUCUGCCGCUCUGCUGGCGCCACUGCAGUCCGCCCUGCUCGUGCUGCCAGCGAGGGGCUCUCAGGGGGGUGGCACUCAGGGGGGUGACUCUCAGGGGAGCGACGCCUGUCCGGGUGGGGACUCAGUGGCAGGUUCAGAGCAGUCGGCGCUGCAUAAUGGGCUUGAUCUGCUCACCCUCUGCAUUCGCCUCAAGCCCUUCUGUUCCGCUGCUGCUGAUGCUCCCCUCUCCCCUUUGGAGUCGCUUCUCCUCUCCUCCUCCGCUCGCCUCCCCUCGCAUCUCAUGCCGCUCACCCCGUCAGCACCAGCGCUAGACUCUGCAGGAGCUGCAGCAGACGCUGCCUUAGCAAGAGCAGCAGCAGGAGGAGGAGGAGGAGGAGAGGGAGCAGGAGCAAUGGUGGGGCUUGAUUCAGUUCCGCUGGUGACGGCGCUUGCUGCACUCACAAGCCUCGGCCAGUCACAGGCUCUACGCCGUGCCUCGCUCACCUUCCUGCACACCCUCUGCACCAUCACUGCUCGCAUCAGACCACACCUCCUCGUGCUCUCCUCUUUCUUUUCCCGGCCUGCCGCCCAGCCCAUUCUCCUUCUGGCCGACCCUCACUUUCAGUUCAUCCAACAGCACUGGUUUUCCCCACUGCACCGUUCUCAACCUUUCCCAACGAUUCUCCAUCGUCCCCACGCCCCUCCCCUUCUGCCGCCUGAGUUUCUCCACCAGCUCCUGCUGGCCGACCCUCCCUCCCUCACUUCACCCAACCAGCACUAG